AUGAAAAAACUUCCCUCCGAAGUACGACGAAAUUUAGCUCGAGAACACGGAAAUGUACGAUGGCACAUACAAGAUUUGAGAACUUCUAUCGCCAGAGAAAUAAACAUCCUAGAAAUGGGCAUAACUGACGAAAUAAGAGAAUCACACUUGCCGACGGCAUCAUUAUUUACCGGAACCGGUAAGAAAAAAUACACAUCUAUGAAAUUUUCGCACACAAGAGAUAAUGACAAGGGUAAGAAAUUAUGUUUGUUCUGUGAAGGUGACCACAAGUCGCUUGAUUGUGAAAAAGUUAAAACACGUGAAGAAAAACUAACUAUCAUUAAAUCUAAACGUAUGUGUUAUAAUUGCCUGGGAAAACACCAAGUUUCAGAGUGUCGUUCUAAGUUUCGUUGCAAGAAAUGCCAGCGAAAGCACCAUACUAGUAUUUGUGACCAACCAUCGAAUUUCGAUUUGAAUCCACAUGCAACAUCAUUUAUAAGCUCUACUUCCGGUCAAAAAGGAAAUGCAGGAACUGCUAUUCUUCAUUCAACUACGCAUCAAAGAUCGAACAUUCUACUCAAGACUGCUAUCGCUCAAGUAAGCUCCCAAGACUAUACGAUAACUACAAACAUAUUAUUUGACGAAGGUGCUCAAAGGUCAUUUAUUACGGAAGAGCUUGCUGAGAAACUGAAAUUAAAGCCCAACGGUUCGGACACUAUAACAUUAGCAUCUUUUUGGUGGCAAAUCAGAACAGUGUCGUCAUAUACCACAGGCAGAGUGUUUCUACACGUCGAACAUAGAGAGAUAAUACCACUUGACGUACUUAUUGUACCAACCAUUGCUGUACCAUUACCUAACUUGCAGAGAAAUGUUAAAUCGCCACCUAAUGCCAAAGAUCUUGAGAGAUUCUGGAAGUUAGAAUCUAUGGGAUAUUAG